GGCGCGGCGGAGCGGGCGCAGGCGGGGAUGGCGGCGGGAGCGGCGAGCGCGAGCCGGCUGCUGCGGCUCGCUGCGGGCCGGCGCGGGGCACCGUGGCGCCGGCCGCCGGGCGCGGCUCUGCCCCCGGGCUUCCUGCACGGCGGGCACGCGGCUCCUCGGAGGUCGGUGUCGCACUUCACCUUCCAGCCCGACCCGGAGACCCAGGAGUACGGGCAAACGCAGAAAAUGAAUCUUUUCCAGUCAAUAACGAGUGCCUUGGAUAACUCACUGGCUAGAGAUCCUACUGCAGUGAUAUUUGGGGAAGAUGUUGCCUUUGGUGGAGUCUUUAGAUGUACUGUUGGCUUGCGAGACAAAUAUGGAAAGGAUAGAGUAUUUAAUACCCCAUUGUGUGAGCAAGGAAUUGUUGGAUUUGGAAUUGGAAUUGCAGUCACUGGUGCUACGGCCAUUGCUGAAAUUCAGUUUGCAGAUUAUAUUUUCCCUGCUUUUGAUCAGAUUGUUAAUGAAGCUGCCAAGUAUCGCUACCGCUCUGGGGAUCUUUUUAACUGUGGGAGUCUCACCAUCCGGUCUCCGUGGGGCUGUGUUGGCCACGGGGCUCUCUAUCACUCUCAGAGUCCUGAAGCUUUUUUUGCCCACUGCCCAGGCAUCAAGGUGGUUGUGCCCAGAAGCCCUUUCCAGGCCAAGGGACUUCUUUUGUCAUGCAUACAGGAUAAAAAUCCUUGUAUAUUUUUUGAACCUAAAAUACUUUACAGGGCAGCAGUGGAACAGGUUCCAGUGGAACCCUACAACAUCCCCCUGUCGCAGGCUGAAGUUAUACAGGAAGGGAGUGAUGUCACUCUGGUUGCCUGGGGCACCCAGGUUCAUGUGAUCCGAGAGGUAGCUUCCAUGGCUCAAGAAAAGCUGGGAGUGUCGUGUGAAAUCAUUGAUCUGAGAACCAUAAUACCUUGGGAUGUGGAGACAGUUUGCAAGUCUGUGAUCAAAACAGGGAGACUGCUAAUCAGUCAUGAAGCUCCCCUGACGGGCGGCUUUGCAUCGGAGAUCAGCUCAACAGUUCAGGAAGAAUGUUUCCUGAACCUUGAGGCUCCAAUAUCUAGAGUAUGUGGGUAUGACACACCUUUUCCUCACAUUUUUGAACCAUUCUACAUCCCAGACAAGUGGAAGUGCUAUGAUGCUCUCAGAAAAAUGAUCAACUACUGACCGCACAGAAACUGGAGGAUUAUGACUAAGACAUGGAAAUAUUUUUCGACUUUUUUAUAUUUCUUUAAACUUAUCUCUUCUUGAAAAUAGACUUUUUAUGAAAUGAACUAUCUUGGAUAUUGACAGCAAAAUGAAAAAUACGCUAUUGCAUUGACCCAUAUGAUUUAUUUCCACUUAAGAGUUUUUAAAAUGUUCCACAUCAUAGACUUCUAAAUUCCACUUUAUUUCUUCUGUAAAUAUUGGGGUUGGGGAUAGUAUUCAAUAAAACGAAAUCAGAUUUGUCCAGGG